UUCAGAGAGGUACCCAUGAGAUGUUUGGAGACAUUUUUAAAAAAUUAUUUAUUUAAAUAAAAAUGGCCGCCGUAGAGAGCGGAGAGGAGAAACUCAGUGAGGAGAAGAGUGAGGACGCCAACCAGAAUCAGAGCUCCAAGGACCUUAAGACACACAGCAAGCCCAAGAAGGUGAGGCGGGAGAGGAGGGAUGUGGAGAAGGAGAGGCUGGAGUCUUCAUCCACCGCCAUGUCCUCCCCUCCUCAUCCUCCUGCCCAGCAGCCCGGUGCAGACCAGGAACAGCUCCAGCUAGCCGCGGCCGAGGCGGGGCCCUCGGAGCCCAUGGUCGCUGCAGCUGGUGAGGCCUCGGGUCUCUCUGAGUCCUCCCCUUCGCCCAAACAGAGGAGGUCCAUCAUCAGAGACCGAGGUCCGCUCUACGAUGACCCCUCUCUACCCCAGGGCUGGACACGUAAACUCAAACAACGCAAGUCUGGACGGUCCGCCGGGAAGUUUGACGUCUACCUGAUGAACCCGGAGGGGAAAGCCUUCCGAUCCAAGGUGGAGCUGAUCGCCUACUUCCAGAAGGUUGGGGACACCACCACCGACCCCAACGACUUUGACUUCACCGUAACCGGGCGUGGCAGCCCCUCCCGCCGCGAGAAGAGACCCCCGAAGAAACCCAAAGUGGUAAAACCGUCGGGGAGGGGCAGGGGCCGGCCGAAGGGGAGUGGAAAGCCGCGCCCGGCUACGGAGGGUGUGGUGGAGAAGAGUCCCGGGAAGCUCCUGGUGAAGAUGCCGUUUGAAACGUCCAAUGUAUCCGAGGCAGCUGGGCAGACAUCGGACCUGGUCGUAGUCACCAAGAAGCGCCCAGGACGGAAAAGGAAAGCGGAGAUACAACCGCAGACUGCUCUGAAAAAGCGGGGGUGUAAGCCAGGGUUGGGGGUGCCUGGUUCGGCACUGUCAGCAGCUUCUGGGGCGGCGGGUUCCAGUACUUCCUCCUACGCAGCGGCUGCUAUCAUGGCUGCAGAAGCUAAGAGGAAAGCUCAGAAGGAGUCUUCCACUAAGCCGGUGCAGCAGACCGCUCUGCCCAUCAAGAAACGCAAGACCAGAGAAACUGUUGAGGAGAUUAAGGAGACUCCAGCCAUCACCACGCCACUGCUCGGGGCAGGAACUGUGAUGGGAAUAGGGAGUGAAGGGACAGAGCAGGGACAGAAGUUGCCAAAGAGUCCAGGGAGGAAGCACAAGGACAGUCCCCUGACAGCAGCGGUUACCACAGGGGCCAGUGGUGGGUCGAAAAGUUGGCCCAGCGGAGGCAGCAGUAGUAUCACUACUCCAAAGAGCCACAGCCACAAGAGGAAAGAGCGUACGCCGCACAAACACCAUCACCACCACCACCACCACCGUCACCAUCACACACACUCCUCUGUAGUGGAGGAUCAUCCUCCUCAACCCUCCCAGCGGCCCCCUCACCACCACUUCCCCGGCCUGACUAUGGGCCUGGUCUCCCAUACAGCCAGGGCCUCGGUGGGCCCAGGGGCCCUCCAACAGAACAAGCCCCAGGACCUGAGCACCUCUAGGGGGCCCUGCCGGGCCAGCAGCUGGCCAGAGGGCCACACCACGACCAGAGGAGAGAGCGGAGAGGUCAGCUCGUCUGCGGUGGUAGUAGUGGGAACGAGUGACACCAGAGGCAACAGAAAUCGAGCAGACGAGGCAGCGGGGACAGUGGUAGGGAGGGAUUUGAGAGACAUUGUACCUUCCUCAGCAGUACCGAGGCCCAGCAGAGAGGAGACUGUCUCCUCUGUGCCCAGACCCAGCCGGGAGGAGACGGUCUCCUCUGUGCCCAGACCCAGCCGGGAGGAGACCGUCUCCUCUGUUCCCAGGCCCAGCCGGGAGGAGACGGUCGAGUCUCGGACACCGGUGACUGAAAGGGUUAGUUGACUGUAUGUUAGGACCCCUGUCUGUAAGGAGAAAAGGAGCCGUGUAGAGGAGCGGUGGGUUUUAUAAGACAACAGAAAAGGACGUGUACAUAGAAACACAAGGCAGCUGUUAGUUGAUUGUUCGUUCCGUGGGUUGGGCUGUUCAUCUGUUUAUUGACAGGUAGCGCAGCUUCAUGGUCAACCCACAACAGAUUGCUUCCUGAUAAAUGAACGUUUUUCUUCUUCUUUUUUUUCUUUGUUUGGUCAUUGUCUUGUUCUCUGUUUUGUGCUUUAAACCUGUUGUCAUCUGACCCCCGACCCCCAGAAGCCUUUUGCUUAAAAUCUCACAGGAAGUGAAGGACCUACACUUCCGGUGCCAUCGUCAGAUGGAAACCACGGUAACCGCGAUGAUGACUCAUAAACCUCAGUCAUUCAGUU